AGUGCCCCGUGUGCCGCCCGGGGUCGCUGGAGCGGUGGUCUCUGCUCGGAGUCACUCGGGUUGUGUUUCUCUGCACGUCUAGCGGCACACCCACAAUAAACUGCCUACUAGAAGUAAUAAACCCAACGCGCGGUGGACUUAAAAAGAAGCUGCAAGUCACCUUGUAAUGGAAGAGAGUGGAGCUGACCAUGAUAUUGCUAUGGAAGGAUCUAAUGAUUUGUUCAUAGGCAGCUGUAAUGCUACAGGAGAGUCAGAAACAAAUGAUCAGAUUUUUCAGAAGUUGCUGCUCAAAGUACAUUUUACUGUUUUUCCUCUGUGAAAGCAACUGAGGUGCAUGGAUUCCAGGGAUCUAUUGUUCGGCCAGAGCGACUCUCCCCCAGCCCUGCCCACCGCAGUCCCCCUGUCGGGCAGCCCUCCCCAGGCGCGGUCCUGCUCUGCCGAGGAGCUGCCCGGGGCAGAGCAGCCCAGGCAGCCGCUGUGUGAGCUGCAGCCCCUGGGAGGGCCCGGUGCACCCAUGAUGAUUGUUACCAGCCAGUCAGAAAAUGGGCAGGUGCUGCAUGUCAUUCCUUCUGCCCAGCCAGGAGUGACCCAAGUGAUUAUUCCUCCAGGUCAGCUUCUGGAUGUGACCAGCACACAGGAUAUUUCAGAAGAGAAGUGUGGUGAUGGCAAUCUGCAGACUGUGGUGGUGGCUUCCAUAGCAGACAGUGCAAGCAGUUACAUUCUACAUCCACAGGCAUCUCUCACUGUAUCAAAAAAAUCAACCACCAGGGCAGUGGAAGAUUCUUUUCCCAUCCCUCUUCAGCCAUUGCCACUAAAUACGCCUGCAUGGGCACGCCGUCUCAGGAACUGUGAGAGAAUUGGGGACUCGUACCGCGGCUAUUGCGUGAGCGAGGCAGAGUUAGAGAGCGUCCUGGCGCUGCACAAGCAGCAGACACAGAGCGUGUGGGGCACGCGCCAGUCUCCGAGCCCCGCCAAACCCGCCACACGCUUGAUGUGGAAAUCCCAGUAUGUCCCAUAUGAUGGGAUCCCCUUUGUCAAUGCAGGAAGCAGAGCCAUUGUAAUGGAGUGCCAAUAUGGGCCAAGGAGGAAAGGAUUUCAGCCCAAAAAAGCUGGUGAGCAGGAAAGCACCUCUAGCCAGCUGUACAAAGCCACUUGUCCAGCAAGGAUCUAUAUUAAAAAGGUCCAAAAGUUUCCAGAAUACAGGGUUCCUACUGACCCUAAAAUUGACAAGAAAAUCAUAAGAAUGGAGCAGGAGAAAGCAUUCAACAUGCUGAAGAAGAACUUGAUAGAUGCUGGUGGUGUGCUCAGGUGGUAUGUACAGUUACCUACUCAGCAAGCCCACCAAUAUCAUGAGAUGGAAACUUCCUGCCUCCCUCCUUCACCAUCCCAUCUUUCUGUGUCUUCUCCUGAGGAGGAGGAGGAGUUCAUUAGGGAUGAGAACAGUACUCUGCCUUCUCGACUUCAUCCUCAAGUGGCAGACAAGAUCCGUGAGCUGGUGUCUCAGGGAGUGGAGCAGGUCUAUGCAGUGAGGAAGCAGCUAAGAAAGUAUGUGGAAAGAGAAUUGUUCACACCUGAUGAAGUGCCAGAAAGACAUAACCUGUCCUUCUUCCCCACUGUGAAUGACAUCAAGAACCACAUUCAUGAAGUGCAAAAGUCCCUAAGGAAUGGAGAGAUGGUGUAUGAUUCAGAAAGUAUCCCAGCAACGCUGCAAUGGACCACAGACAGUGGGAAUGUCCUCACAGAAACAGUGACGGUUGCGUUUGCCUCAGCACCUUCUGAUGGGAGCUCAGGAGUCGAGUCAGUCAUCACCAAAGCAGAAUCCAACCAGAGCGGGGAGUCCUUGGUACCAGAAACAGCUCAGCUGCUGUCUUCACUCUCCUCUCUUCAGCCCAAGAUAUUUGCACAGCUUCAGGGAUUACAGCUGCAGUCAGCAUUUACCUCGACAAACGGAUCAACAGCCCUGCUAGCUGUAAAUAACCAUUCCCCUCCCAGCCCUGCAGGUCUCCUGGAUUCCCUGGGGGGUGCAAUAGGCAGCCAUUCUCUAGCACUGGGUCAGGGGCACAGUCUGCAAGGUGCUGGCCUGACACAGGACAGUGCUGCUGUGCCUGCUUUUGGGGCUCUGCCUGCCUCUGAUCAGAGUCUGCUUGCCAUGGGCCAGCUGGUGCCAGGCGAAGGGGUGGAUGACUCCAGAAGCCUGGAAGGAGGAGUGCAGCAGAUUCUCUUGGGAGAUGUGCAGACUAUCCCAGUACGGAUUGUGGACAGCCAGCCAGCACUUACUGAAGAAAGUACAGAGGGUGUUGUUACUUGUGUGAGCCAAGUUAAACAAGAACCAAGAGAGAAAGCAUUGUCUAUGGAAACAGAUAAAAUCAGAGACUGCCACAGUUCCUCACCAUAGUUCUUCACCUUCACCUGUGAAGCCUGGAAGGAUUUUCAAAUUGGAGAACUCUAAAUGUCUUGGAAGGAAAGGCAGGUGCUCUCAAAGUACUGCCAUUCUUUUUUAAUUUCUAUAUGACUUUCAGAAUAAGCAUAUUUUAGAGUACUUCUGAUAGAAAGCUGUUUUGCUUGGACUGAUGGGGCUCACUGCCAACUCCAGGUCAUUCCGUUGCCCCGUGGAACACCACCUCACUCUUCUGUUUCAAGUUUUGAGUAAUUUGGAUUCUAUCCAAAUGGUCAUUUUGUUCAUUGUUUCUGAAGGUCUUCCACAAUUUAAUUCCUUAACUUUAGAAUGUGGAUCACAAUGCUGGGUUCACAUUUUCUGCUUGAAACCCUUGACUUUUAUUGUACUACAGAGACCAUAGAAUCUGUCAGCUCCAAGAUCACAGAAUCCAACAGCAAAGUAGAUCAGUAUGGCAAUGGUUUUGUGACAAAAGGAAGGUCCAGGAUGCUAAACUUCAAAGUGAUAAAGGACAUGGAUGCUUAAGAAAAUGCAACUUUGACCUGAUCAUAAUGUUAAUGGUGUGAAGAUCAAGGAGAGGAGAAAGGUGAGGUUUCCAGGUGAACAUAAGGCUGUAUGAUAAAGAAAAGUGUGUGAAUUGUAACAGUGAAUGUUUUUGACUUGACACCUUUGAACUUAAGUUCUGGCUUUAUAAUGAGGUUCAUUGAUGCAUGCAGCCUUCCUUUGCAGCGGUACUGUGAUUGCAGUUGGUCAUAACAACUAAAUGUAGGAGUCUUUCUCAUGGAAAAUGAUUGAUGCUGCCAUUUCAGCUUAUCUACCUCUUGCUUUGAGCACUUGAAGCUAUCAGCUCAGACAAAUGUGAUUUAAGCUGCUGUUGUUUGGUAUGUAGGGCUUGUGGAUACAUUCCUAACAAAGAGAAGCCCAAGAAAACAAAGGAAGCAAUCAAAGCACUAUGUCCAAGUAUGCUGUCACCACAACAUUCAGAAAAUAAACUAAUCUUUUUCAAAGGUGACAUAUUCUAAGACUUAUGUGGUCCAUACAAUUCAAAUAAUUACCAGGAAUCUUUAGAAAAUAAAAUGUGAUAAAAAUUAAAGUUUAGUAAUAUUUGAGGUAAAGCCAUAGUAAGUGACAAGCACUGAGCUGUGUAAUGUGUGACAGACAUUUAGAAAAAAAAAUCACACCUACAAAUAACUUGGAAUCAAUUUAAAGCUGUAAAUGAAGUAAAACUGAUAACAACAUAGACAUCAAGUUAAGCAAUUGCAUUGUUUGCUUCAGAUGUUGAAUUCCUAGAGCAACAUUCAGAGUAGUUUCUAUACAGCAAUAGGAGCCUUUUUGUUAUUAGUUCCUGCUAACUAGUUGAGAGCCUGAUCAUAAAAUAGGGGUUUUUUUCUGCAUGCUGUGGAAGAAUCCAGUGUGAGGAUUCUCUCUUUUUCAGACUUGAAAACAAGCAAACAAAUAACCCCAGGGAAAUUUAUUAGUUCAUUUAUGUAGAGAAGAAAGUGUUGUGAAUAUUAUAUGAACCAAAAUAUUAACAUUUUAAAAUUGUUACUUUACCUUGCACUCAAGCAUUCACAAACAUCUUCUAAACAGUGGCGAUUUAAAGUUAUUUUUUCAUUUUAUUUAAAGCUAAAACUUUCAAAAGCCUUACAUUGAACUUGAGUUCUGAAUGCCUUUAUAUGCAAAAUCUGUUAGGUGCUAUAUCUUAGUCUUAACAUAUAUCAACUUCUCUGAGGCUAACUAACAUUAUAAUAUUAUUUGUUUAAAGCUAAUGUUUCUGGGUUAGGUCCCAUUAGAAUUUUCCAACAGGAUUAUGCUCUUAUUAAACAAGAGCCAGUAUUUUAUCAGGCAAGUGCAUUAAAAAAAUCUCAAUUUUUUCAGAGCCUCUAAUAUUUAGUAUCUACACUGACUUGUUUUAUGGUAUGUUUUACUCAUUCCUAGGUAGGAAAAAUCCCACAAGAUUCACCUGUGGCACUUAUUUAUUUGGUUGGGGUUUUUAAUCUUGCCUUGUUUGUUUGUUGGUGUUUUUUUUUUGGUAGGUCAUUUUGCUAAUUGCCAAAAUGGAACUCCCAGAUGGAAGUUGUCUGCUGCAGUGUUAGUUCUGGAGCACUCACUCAGCAGUCCCCUUCUCUUUUCCAGCUCAAAAACUGCAUACCAGAAUGGUUACCUCCUUCUAUGCUGCUGUGUUCAAUAAUUCCAUCAUGGCCAGCUUUUCUUAAAGUUUAAACUAUUGCAUUCCAACCUAUAUUCUCUUUCCCUAUAUUGCUCUUUUUUUAAGAAUUUUUCCUCAUUGUUGAGAAUCCUUCUUUUCAAAAGAAUAAAUUACAACUAAAGAUUACCAGCAAGAGGUUGUUUCCGUUUUAGUUCUCUUCAAAGCAGACUAUACAUUUGUGAUUGGAGUAAAAGCUUAAGGAAAGUCAAGCUAUAUUUCCAUCAGUUCUUGCUUAGUUCCCUCAUUAACAGUUCUGGUUUGUGCACAGUUCUUUCCACCAUGAGCUACAGUUUCCUCCUGUGCUGCACAGUAUUUCUGGUGGUAUUUCUGGUUUUGACCUACUGCUCACAGCUGGAGAAAACCAUCUUGAAUUGCAGGUUCUGAAAUUAAUUUUGUAUUCUAUCCUGAUUUGCAUGGUACUCUGAAAACAAUAGAAGAAAAAGUUGCAAGAAUUUUAAAGAAGCAGUAAAGAAUUAGUUGUUUUUAAAAGCUGGGGAUCAGACUUGCAAUUCUGUUAUUCUGUUUAUUGGGAAAUUUAUUUUAAACGAUUCUUGAGUCAAUACUCACAUUUUUGUCUUCAGUUUUCUUAAUUUUUGCAGAAUUUCAGUUCUUUGUCUUCCAGAUACAUAUUUCAGUUUAUUACUGUCAUUUAUUUUAAUUUAAUGUAAUAAUUCUUUUUCAAAGUGUGUUUUACAUUUGUUUUGUGCGUGUUGCUGAAGGAGGAAUAUGAACUCACCCCCAUGUCCAGUCUUUAUGUUUGAUUUAAUGUAUUUUUUCACUAAUAUCCACCUAUGUUUUACAGAGAAGACUGUUAUGUAUCUGAAAAAGAUCAGAAGUAAAUGGUGCCACGUGUAAUCGUUAAAGUUGUUUAAAUAGAAUACUCAAGGCUGAUUUUUCAGAGUAAUCUAUGUAGCUUGAUGCAGAGUACUUGGUUAUUACUUUGUGUUGGAAUUGCAGAUGUUUACUUUUUCUUGUGGUUGUUGUGUGCAAGCACUUAUUUUGAAAAUCUAGAAUUCCUGUCCUUCAACAGUACUGUAAAUGAACAACUGAUUCUCCAGUUAUCCUUGGUUAUCCUAUGCACUUAUCCUAUCCAGUUAUUGUUGUUGGUUGUCUGUAAGAGUGAUUGGUUGCUUUACAAGAAGAGAUGUGCUUCUGUAUGUGCAUGCAAAGAUAACCUUUUGGUAAAAUGUGGAGAAGGUGUAAAAAGGUACAUAUCUAUAGCUCUCAUUCAAGGCUGGAGGCCUCUUGGACAGAAACUAAUACUGGUAAUGAGUGCUUUUUGUGGUACAAAAUUAUUGCAGUUUCCACAAAAUUUAGAUGCAUAAAUGUCUGUGUAUGUAUGUGUAUGUAUAUUUUUUUUCUAUAGUAACUUAAUGUAAAAUAUUCCUAUUCAAAUGUAAACUACUUGUUCUUUUCAAGUACUGGUCUAUUUUGUGGCUAUGGGGGCUCAUGGGGAGAAAUGCAAGAGCUCUUUCAGGGCAGUGGAUUUUAAGGAUGAUGGAGAACAAGUAAGACAGCUUCAGGGAGAAGCUUCAGGUGGAAGAACUACUUCAGAUGGAAGAAAUUGCUGAAAAGCAAGGAUCCUGCUGGGAGGGCAGAUGGGGGCUGUGCCUAGGGGGUUUUGGGGUUGAGAGCCCAAGGGCUCAAUGCAGUUCCUGAGUCUAUCCAUAGUCCUCUCUAUGCCAGUAGUGGGUAGUGUGAGUUCAUGGUAGGAAUUUAAAGGUAUGAAGAGAAGGGAAGCCUGCCCUGCCCUUAAAAGCAGAAAAGCUGCUUCAGUUUUGGUGAGCACCAGAGGCAGAUAAAUGACUCCCCAUAGUCUGAGGUGCCCAUUCUUAGCUUCUGAUAUAAAGAAGAAACUCCUCUUGAAGCUUCAGCCCAGGGCUGUAGACUCUUUUUCUUUACCUGUUACCAAGGAAAACAAACCUUUUCUUUCCAACUGAAUUAACCUGCUGCUUUUCUCAUCCCACUGACUGCAGCUCAGUAUCUGCCCAAAUGUCUCUUUCUUCAGACUUACUAAGGCUUCCACAGAAAUCCCAUGCCCUCAGGCCCUCCAAUUCUCAGUGUUUCACUGUUGGACUGUUGAAGGAGCUGCUGAGUUCACUGCACAGGUAAACACUGGUGAGCUUUGCCCCAUCAGUUUUUCUCCUUCUUUCCCCACAAUCAUAAGUACAUAUAUUCCUUUAAAUUGCAUUAAGGUUUUUUAUUUGCCUGCUUAGGGGUUUAUCAUUGUUACUGGGAUGAGUAUGAAGGAGCCCUAUUUUACAGACCAUUUACAUUCACAGCAACUGAAAAUAUUUGAUAAAACAAGGAGGAAAGGAUGGUUUCUGCCAGCUGUUAGGGCUGACCUCUUUCAUACCACUUGAAUUCCUGAUUCUGGCUGUGGGUAGUAGAUGCCUGUUAAGUUGUCUGUCUGUUGGCAAAAGUGCAAUUUUCUCCCUUAAGGCUGUUCAAGCAGACAGGUUCUCAGAUGUUUAGGUAGGAAGAUUCUGUUCCAUUAGGGAUAGAAAGUGUGAUACAGCUGAGGAUGGUAGGAAAAGUUACUGCUCUUUAUUGGUCUCUGAUGAGAAAAUCAUCUUUGAUCUGCCUUGCCUUUCUGAACAAAGCUCUCGUAGGAAUAGACUUCAGAGCCUAUCCCAUCAGUAGCAAUUAUCUUCUCCCCAAAACAAUGCACCUCAUUAAUGAAUGAAACCAGCCAUGUAUAAAACUGGUGAUGUUAAUUUUUUAGGUCAGAAGCUAUCCAGCUGGCCUAUCCAAAAACAGCAGCUAAGGUAUGAUCUGGGGGGAAAAGGAGGAGAGAGCAAAUAACAGGAAUGUGUGUGCAUAUGUUUUUUUUUUCCAAUGUAAGCUCUUACAUCUAAGUAUCCCAUUCCAUUUCUGAUGCACAUGACAAAUGAAAUGUUUAUUUUCUGAAGGGAUUUGAAAUGUUUUCUGGAGAGUCUUCAAAGGAGUGAUCAUAAAUAGUAUUGCUGUAUCAUGCAAACUACUGGUACGUGUUUGUCAACUAGGACCCCAUCCUGUUCUUGUACAGAAGGGGUUUUAAAAGCAUGGAAAGCUUUACAUGUAGUGUCCUUGUCCUAAGGAGCCUUCCCUGGACAGGAAAAUAGGAGCUGUGGGAGUAAUUCUCAUCAGGAGUCUUUAACCUCUGAUAGAUAGAAGACACCUUGCAAAAAGCAUGUAUAUGAUAGUCUCUCACACAAGUCACCUUUGGAUACUUUGUAGUUUUAAAGUACAUAUGCAUACGUAUAUAGAUGUAUGUACUUCAAAAUAAAAUGGAGAUAUGACUAUAGUUGUUUGCACAUAGUUCUUUAAUACUAUUUUAAUUACACUUAUCUGUGGUUAAAUGAUGCAGAUAUAUUAGGGCACAUGUAGUCAGAUCUUUUAUGUUGGUAAUUGGAAUUCAUGUUUUUACUACAACCAUCCUUCACUCUCUGCAGUGUGGCUCAGUUGGUCAUUUGGCAUGUACUGGCUUCUGUUAAUGACAUUCUGCCUGUUUAAACAAGAGCAUGCUGUUCUGAGCAAAUUAAAUUUCUCACUCCUCCUGAUCUUUUUUCUAACAGGGAUUGAUAUGGCUCAUCAUGAAAAUCUGUUUGUAGUAUAGUGCUUUCACAAGAGUUGAUUUCUGGGUCCUCACUAGGAAGGAACUAGAGGGCAAAAGCUUACAUACUAUUGGAUCUGCCAUUUGGACAUUUGUCUAAUUUGUCUGGAUUUCUAUAGCAGGACAGUGCCAAUACAGCAUAAACUGCCACUAAAAUACUGUAAACAUUCAGCUCUCUCCCUUGGUCAAGUGUUGACAGUUCAGUGGCUCCAGGAAAGAUCAUAGGAAUAUUUCUGCUCUUUGGAGAACAGUUUCUGUUCUGUAGAUACUAUUUAGAACAUAAUUGGGUGUGGCAUCAAAUGGCAGUAGGAGA